AUGAGACUUGUAUUUUCUCCUUGUCUCAGACGUACAAACUUUGUCUCUUUACGCUAUGUUUCAUCAAAAGCAAACGGAUUCUUAACAAAACGAGUACAACUAGACUAUAAAAAGAUUGUAGAAAAUGCCGAGAAUUUAAAGAAGAAUUGUCUCAUGAGGAACAUGAAGUCACUGGCUGAUUCUGUUCCAAAUAUUGUUCGUCUAUAUCAUGAACGAAUUCAAUGCUUGGAUGAGCUUAAACCAUUUCGUGCACAGAAGAAUACAGUUACAAAGCAACUCGCGGACAAAAACCUUCCGCCUACACGCCGACAUGCUCUUCUGAUAGAGUCUCGUAAAAUGAAGGAGAUUAUGUCACCAUCAGAAAAGAAGUUGGUACUUCUCGAGCAGCAACUGCAGCAAUUGUGCUUACAGUUGCCGAAUCAACUUGGAGAGUAUGUACCCAUUGGUCCAGAAUCUGAUGCACGGUGUGUCGGUUACAUCUGUGAAGAUAAAUUGGCUCAGGUACAGCAACGAACAUAUGUGGCAGAUCAUUUAGACAUUGCGAAAAGAGCAUUUGACUUUGACUCUGCAGCGUUAGGUUCUGGCCAUUCCUUUGUAUACCAAUGGGGAGAUGCUGCUUUAUUAGAGUUUGCCUUACUAAAUUUUACGGUUGAUUAUGCAAUUCAACAGGGAUGGGAAUUUUGUUUGGUGCCGACAAUUGUGCGCACAGACGUUGCCCGUGCUUGCGGUUUCCAGCCUAGGGAUGCUGAAGGGCAACAAAUGUAUGAAUUGGAAAGUGACGUGUCCUCAAACGUCCCGCCGCAGGUGCUUGUCGGUACUGCCGAAGUCAGUUUAGCAGCAAGCGCAUUGAACAAGACAUUUACCGAUCUCAAAAAGAAAUGUGUUAUUGGAGUGUCUCGUGCAUACCGACGGGAGGCAGGAGCGCAUGGAAAAUUCACUCGCGGAAUGUAUCGUUUGCAUGAGUUUACGAAAGCAGAGUUUUUUGCUUGGACACAUCCAGACUAUAGUUCUGCAAUGUUGAAGGAGAUUAUCAAGUUGCAAGCAACAAUUAUUCAAAUGUUGGAAAUACCUGCCCGCAUACUUUACAUGCCCUCUGAAGAACUGGGUGCUUCUGCGUCGGAAAAAUAUGACAUUGAAGCUUGGAUGCCAAGCCGUAAUGAUUUUGGUGAAAUUACCUCUGCAUCCAACUGUCUUGAUUAUCAAGCUCGGAGACUGUGGACACGUUAUGAUAAUGGUAUGGAUACUGGUUAUGUGCACACACUUAAUGGAACCGCAGUCGCUAUACCACGACUGUCUAUUGCUAUUCUGGAAAAUAAUCUUCAGAGCGACGGACGCGUAAAAAUCCCCAAUGUAUUACAACCUUUUAUGAAUAAAAAGUACUUGGAUUUUUCUGCGUAUAAAUGA